AGUAAUUCGCUGAACUGAUAAGAUAAACCCAGGACUGUAGUGAUAAAAACUAAACUGGGUGAUAACGAAUUAUCACCCAGUGACGAAUGAGCUGUUCACGAAAACACACUUAAAACAAAAGAAUAUCUAUAUGAAAGAGAAACAAAGAACUAACCUAUUUUUGGGAUUACAAAUCAUUCGGUGUUAGUUUUCAGUUUCAUAAUAAAAAAAGUGAUAAAUUAUUGAGUGAAAAUGGUGUCUGUGCAAACUAUAGCCACGAUUGUGGUGAAAAUAUUCAAAAUAGUUCUGAACAUCGUAAUUCUAGUGUUAUACCGAACCGGUUACAAUGGCGAGUUCCUCGGCGUCGGCGGCACGUGGAACCUCAACGAGGAGAAAAAUCCGGACGCUGAAAUCGUUGCCUCUGGCGUUAUCGUCGGAUACCUCAUCUAUACACUUGUACAAAUCGUCACCUUCCUCUUUGGUACUACACAACAUAAAAGAGCUCUGUCAGAGAUAGUGAUGAACUUCGUGGGUGUGUUCAUGUGGCUGGCAGUCGGCGCGGUGGCGUUACAUUACUGGGGCGGUUACCAAGGAGAGCACCAAUUCCAGGUCUUCUCCACGGAGAGACAGGUGGGUUUAGCUGUCGGUGCUCUCUGCGUGAUCCAGGGCGCAGUUUAUCUACUCGACACGGCCCUCUCCGUUAUACAUUACACGAAAGAAAUGUAAACUAUUUAUAUAAGUAAUAAUAUUUGUUAUUUAACUUUUAACGUUUAAGUAAAUUAAAAAAACCGACGAUGACGGGUUGCCAACCCUAACUUAGAAAAACUGUAAUGUGAUGUUUGAAGCGGUCGAUUCUGUUGCACAAAGCAAAAUCACCGUAUUUGUUUUUAAAUACAAGAUGCCUUAUCAAGGUCUCUUAGAAACUCAAGAAGCUACAAUAAACCUAGGGCGCUGUUUAAAAAUUCAAGACUAUGCUAAAGUUAUCCAGGACAUCCCAGGACGGUUGGCAACUCUUACGAUAAUGACAUAUUCAACCAUAAAUUUACGUUUCCCACCUUUUUCUGAUAGUUAAGUAUAGUUAUAGAUGAUUUAUAAAACGACGCAUUUAUUUUGUAAUGUAAAUUGUUUUUUGGAAUAAAAUCUAUAACAUCUAAACACAUUAUUUUAUUAUUGUUUUCCUUACCUGUUUUAACUUCUUUAUCACGAUUUCUUUUAUUUAAUAUGUAAAUAAUAAAAAAGUUUGCGCAAUGGUUGUUCUAUUAUCU